AUGUCCCAAUUCGACGCCCGGCCAUCGCCAGGCCAUAAAACCCCGACCAGCAGCAACAGCAGCAGUCAGUCAACCAUCUGGCACGAUAUUCAAGCUGCGACCAGCUGCACUGCCUGCGAGACGCUGCUCAAAUCACUUCAACAAGCAUCUCAACUCGGUCCAUCGACCCUCCAGACCAUCCUCACCGAGGUAUGCAUUUUAAGCAAGAUCCUCGACGCCGACUUCUGCACCGGACUCAUAGCCUCCCAAGUCCCCAGUGCAUACUAUGUGCUUCGUCAACUGUCCAUUCCAUCAGACACCGCGCAAACCUUUUGUGCCAGCGUGUUGGAUUUGUGUCCGUAUCCGCCGAUUCCUCCUAUCAACCUGACCUUCCCUCCCCCAUAUUCCCCUAUCACCACUACCACCAAGAAAAAUAACAAAGAUAACAAUAUAACCCUCCGAAUCGCCCACAUCACCGACACCCACGUCGACCUCCAAUACACCCCGGGCACGAGCACCCACUGCCGCAAGCCCAUCUGCUGCCGCCAAUACCACGCCUACGAUGCCCCAGGCCGGUCCAAAACCCCAUGCUCAAGCUGGGGAAGCCCACACUGCGAUCCCCCAUUAAAACUACUACACAACAUGCUCUCCACACUACAAUCACAACAACCACACCUAACCCUCUUCACCGGCGACAUCGUCGCCCACGACAUCUGGAACACAAGCCAGACAUCAGUGCUAGCAAGCUUCAACGCGACCAACUCCGCCCUCCACACCCUACUAAACAACAACAACAACCACCACCCAAUCUACUCCGCCAUCGGAAAUCACGACACCCACCCCGUAAACAUCUUCCCAGGGAGUCUCAACAUCCCAAAAGAACUAAACGUAGAAUGGACCUACACCGCACUAACCACCCACUGGAGAACACUCCAAAUUAACCCUACAUUAAGAACUACUAGAUAUGGCGCAUACGCAACAACACAUACCCUCCCUCCCACAUCACCCACACAAGAACAAACCCAGCCCCCAACCCCGAAAAUGAAAAUAAAAAUAAUCUCCUACAACAGCAACCUCUACUACCGACUCAACCUCCUCCUCUACACGACCCCUAUGCCAGUUGACCCCAUGGCCCAGUUCACGUGGCUGAUCAGCGAGCUCCACACCGCGGAACAAGAGGGGGUUAAUGUCCUUCUGAUAACGCAUAUCCCUAUCUCGAGUAAAGAUACUUUACCUGCGUAUGCUGAUUCCUUACGGAGGAUACUCUAUAGGUACAAGGAUACGGUCGUGGGUGUGUUCUGUGGUCAUGGACAUGUUGAUACGUUUGGGGUGUUUUAUCGUUCUCAUUCUUCUGGUGGUAGUAGUAAUAGGAGUGCUGGCGUGGAGAUGAUGGCGCCGGCGAUGACGCCUACGUCGGGGUAUUCUGCUUUUAGGGUGUAUGAUGUGCAGUUUAAUAGUGUUGGUGGUGGUGGUGGGUGGAAGGUAUUGGAUUUCGAGGAGUAUAUUGCGAGAUUCCCUCAACAUAGUCUUCAAGGGGAUAGUGGUGAGGUAGAACCGCAAUGGGUUAGGUAUUACUCUGCUAUGGAAGCUUACGGGAAGUAUGUCUAUCCUAAUGGGGCUGGUACCGGUACUAAUGGCAUUGGUGCUGGGGCGGAGGCUGGGGGCGGUGCUGCUGCUGCUGGCAUUGGACCGCACUUCUGGGCGAAGCUGACGGAUGUUAUGGAGACGGAUUGGAAUGUGUUUAAUCAGUAUUGGGCGAGACGGACUAGGGGGUACAAUGUCUUAAGUUGUGGGAGGGGUUGUCGGGAGAAGGAGAUUUGUCGGUUGAGAGGACAAGAUUGUCAGUCUAAAAGGGGGGAUGACCAUGAGGCUAUUCCUACGGAUAUGGGAGUGGAAGGAAGCGCUCUGGCAAGUUGGCUAAGACAGGUUCAACAGUCUUAUUCUUCUUCUUUCUCUUAAUCAUUCUAAUCGUGAUACAUACACGUCAGUCAUACUGCAGAUAGAUUCGUCCCCAGGACAAUCUAAAGAAUGUGUGUGUGUGUGUGUGUGUGCUAAGGUAUGAACAAGAAAUCAAAAUCAUCAUAUCUAAAUCAGUCAAUCAACGAGUGACAAGAAGGGUAAAAUAUUUCCGUUCCAUCCCGGCCAUCUACUGAAUGUACCACUCCGCGCCCGUCAGGCGUCCCUCGGACUCGGUA